AUGGAGGGAAGACUCAACACUCAACAGGCGCUGGACAUGAUCCUGAGGGAAGUAAACCCCUGGGACUCAGAUGGAGAGGAGAUCAACCUAGAGCUGGCUUUGAACUCUGAGUCGUCUGAGCUCUCUUCAGAUGAGGAACCUGCUUCUCAGCCAAAAAAGAGAGCUCGAUCGGGGACUGAAGUGACUGAGACAGCGAAAGAUGUGCCAUCACUACGUGACUGCUGGUCUGCAAACCUGGGAAACCCACAUAUCAUUGGAAUCAUGUCCCGAAACCGCUUCCAAAACAUCAUGCAACACCUACGCUUUGACGACAAGUUCACCCGCGAAGACCGAGCAAAGACUGAUAAGUUUGCUGCAAUGUCUGAUGUGUGGGGAUCAUUUGUCACCAACUGCCUCACUUUGUACAAUCCCGGUCGACACAUCACCAUUGAUGAACAGCUUUUCCCAUCAAAGACCCGCUGCUGUUUCCUGCAGUACAGCGCUACUAAACCUGAAAAGUUUGGGAUCAAGUUUUGGGUAGCCUGCGACUUGAAAUCCAAGUACAUUUGCAAUGUCCUCCCAUAUCUUGGCAAGGACUCCAGUCGUCCCAGCGGUGAGAGACUGUCUGAAACUGUUGUGAUGAGGCUGAUGGAACCAUUCCUGGACAAGGGCAGAAAUGUGACCACGGACAAUUUCUUUACAUCGCUAUCACUUGCACAACAACUGCUUGAACGGAAAACCACCAUCCUCGGCACACUCAACAAGAUUUGCCGGGAAAUUCCUCAAUCUACAAGACGUAUGGACCGCAAUGAAUAUAACACUCAGUUGUUUUCGACCACCGGUGCGACGCUCACAGUGUACACUCCCAAACGGAAGAAGGCUGUCUACAUUCUCAGCAGCAUGCACAACUUCGUUCAGACGGAAGAUACCACCAAAAGAAAGCCAAACACUGUGACCCUAUACAAUACCACAAAGCGCGGCGUGGAUGUAAUGGACCAGAUGGUGAGGGAGUACAGUGUCCGCUCAGGAACACGGCGCUGGCCCAUCGCCGUGUUCUAUAACAUGAUUGAUAUGGCAGCACUGAACGCACAUGUUCUUUAUCAAGCAUGUACUGGGAAGCAGGAGAGACGCGUGGACUUUCUGGUGGAGCUUGCAAGAGAAUUGGCUCACUGUCACGUUGAUGCAAAGAAGGGACAAAAGGAAGAAAUGCUUCGGAAACAGCCCUCCACACUGAGCCCUGGAAAAAGACCCCUGUGUCAGGUGAAACACCAGAACGGCUCGUGUGAGAGAGCGUCUGGCCGCUGCACGGAGGGCCACGCCGCGUGCAGUCUGCUGCCUUUUUCAAACACGCAUCGAUUUGUGUUGUUCGCGGCAGCUUAA